UCAUCGCAACUACCAUUUCCGACAAAAGACUUCAUGAUCAAACAACUUUCGAGCGUAAAAACUCGAGAUCCGAGGCAACAUGAUAGUAAACCUGACGUUUUAUUGACUUUUGGGACUCAAUUCUAGGUCACGAUAAUGCCUCGUGCAACGGACCGGAGAAUCGUACCGCGUUCUGCAUCAAUGCAUCAGCUUUCCUUCCGAGUUCCAUGUUCUAGACGAAAUCCGUGCUGCAGCUCCUCUCCAUUUCCCCUUCUCUUCUCACUCCCAUGGCCUCCCACACAACUACUGACACUGUGGCAGGGUCUCAAAAGCAGUCGGGACCACCGACUAGCAUUCCCCAGAUCCGCAUCGGUGAUAAUGAGAGUGCUGUGUCUUCCAGCAUUGACUUGUCGCUUAGUAAAGGCAUUGGCACCGAGUCUGCACUGGAAGUUGACUCGGCAGAUCAAGCAGUCUUACCACCUCCACCUACAUCAGAACGUAUUCGCAGACGGUCUGAGCUUCACCGAUCAAAACCAGCGAUCGAGUCUGAAGCUUUCGAACUUCCGGUCCUCCCAGAGCAUAUUAAAGCACACAGUGAUGUUCACGGUCGUGCUACAGGCUCUGUUUUCACCACCCAGGCGCCUGUAGUCUGGGCUCCUUCGGAAGAUAUUGAACUUGCUUCGAGACUCCCUAGCACUACUGCUUCAUCCGUUCGGAUCGGGGAAGAUACAAGCUCCACCGCUCCAGUAUUGUCUCCCGCCGAAAGGGCUAGGAACAAAUUUAGAUCCCGCCUUCACUUUGCUGCCUUGGCUUUCUCUAUGUUCCUGGAGGGGUGGAAUGACGGCUCGACCGGACCUCUUUUGCCAACCAUUCAACGGUCAUAUAACAUUGGUUUCGCUAUUGUGUCUCUAUUAUUCGUCUUCAACUGCCUCGGAUUCAUAAGUGGUGCUAUGGCUAAUGUUUACCUCGACGAACGGGUUGGGUUUGGAAAAGUACUUGUCAUAGGCUCUAUCUUUCAGCUUGCCGCCUACGCCAUGCUCGGUCCAGGGGGUCCUUUCCCCAUCAUGUGUGCGGCUUUCGGACUGGCCGGGUUCGGUAUCUCGCUUCAGAAUGCUCAAGCCAAUGGUUUUGUCGGCAGCCUUAAGGGCGCACAAACCAAAUUUGGUUUACUUCAUGGCUCUUACGGCCUGGGUGCAUUCGUGGCUCCUUUGGUAGCCACGCACUUCGCAACGACACGUCAUUGGUCGUUCCACUAUCUAAUCUCUGCUGCCAUAGGUGUCUUUAACACCGCUAUGUUGUGGUUCGUAUUUCGACUCAGGAAGCAAGAUGAUGUGCUCGCUGAAGCUGGACAAGCUGCUGUCGAAGCUGACAGCACUAGGGAGAGCAAGUAUCGACAAAUACUUGGCAUCAAGACCGUCCAUUUCCUAUCGAUCUUCGCUCUCAUUUACGUUGGGGUUGAGGUAACCUUGGGAGGUUGGAUUGUGACGUUCGUCCAACAGAAGCGAGACGGCGGAGCAUCAGCUGGAUAUAUUUCCUCCGGGUUCUUUGGUGGCCUUAUGCUCGGACGGCUCACAUUGAUGUGGUUGAACCAAAAGAUCGGUGAACGCCGCAUCAUGUUCAUCUACGCCUUACUUGCAAUCCAGUAUAUAUUCUUGUUCUUCCGUAUAUCCCUACACUAUAUGUUAACAUUUUUUGUAGGCUGGAAGUCACAGUCUGGGUUGUUCCCUCGUUGGUCGAAAACGCCCUAGCAGUGUCUCUCAUUGGACUCCUUCUCGGGCCCAUGUAUCCAAUCCUGAUGAGCUAUUGUACUCAAGUUCUGCCCAAAUGGCUCCUCACAGGCUGCGUCGGGUGGAUCGGUGGCUUCGGUCAAGCGGGAUCUGCAGUCUUGCCCUUCAUGACAGGUCUAUUGGCAUCCAAGUUUGGGAUUGGGUCGUUGCAGCCUCUUAUUGUUUCGAUGAUGUCUACUUUGAUUGUCAUUUGGGCUUUCGUACCCAGAGUCCGCCGUGUCGAUUGAGGUAGCCGUAUUCGUUCCUCUUCGUUAACAUUCUGUUUCUUCUGGGCCGGUGCCGCCAUUAGAUUGUUGUUUCUCCACUUAUAUCCCUAUCUUGCCGUUUUUCCGUAUUCAUCUUUUGUCCUGUAUUCUUGUGUCUAAAGAGUAUUCACCCAUCCUCCUUAUGUCCUCAUUUUCUUUCUCUACUCCAUUUACAUAGACGAAUUUCCCUCAUCACGACGAUCUCCUCAAAGCUUGUGUAUCAGUAAAGAGCACAAACUCUCAAUGUAAAUACAACACCCAAUAGAUAGACGCAUUACAUGCACAUUGUACAUCCUUCCUGUCCUGUUCACACAAUUUCACUCUGCCUUCAUGCGCAUAGCCGCAGUCAUC